AUGACCCAAUCCCUAUCAUGCACACGUUGCCAGGCCAAAAAGAUUCGCUGCAAUCGCGCCGACCCGCCAUGUGACAAGUGCACCACUGCUGGCGCCCAGUGCACGUAUCUGCCUAGAAAGCAACGCACUCUCAAGCGGAGAGCAGUCCAUGACAAAGAUAUCCUGCGCGAAAUCCUCCGACGUCUGGAACGCCUCGAGGACCACUGUCGACUGGGCCACAAUACGGCCGACGAAGAUGACAUCCAUCGCUCUAUGUCCGUAGAGUCGGACAACAUCUCGACUCCUGGUUCGUCGUCGACGAAUGAACUUCCCCCGAGUGCGCAGUCGCCCGCUGGUCAGGCCAUGGUGCAGAGCCUACUGGCCCGCGUCAAAGACGAUCGCAUCCAAUCCCGCCUGCACUCACACGUCUUCUGUGCCAUUGACAAGACCGGGUCACGCUUCUUCGAGAAUGAACGCUGCAUCAAAGCGUUGGAUGCUGCCAUCGCGCGCAUCGAGCAGCUCGAUCCAGCGCCAACAGAGCUCAGCCCCCCGGCGAUCCCGAAAGAGACGGCAAAGAAAUGGAUCAACCAAUACUUCAGCAACUAUCAAUUCGAAGGGUUUCGCAUCCCGCUGGGAAAGGACUUCAUGAUGGCAAUGCCCGAAUUGAUGGAAAGCCCCCACGUCCGGCUCGAUGCGACCUCCCAGAUCAUCUACUACAAUGUCCUCUUCCAGUCGUUCAUGCUCGACGGGGAUGAAGUCGAAGCGAGAAACCAGACUGUUCAGGCUCUCUGUGGCACGUGUCUCAAGUUAGCGGAGGAAUGGCUCGGCCAGAUCCAGAAUACGUCUGCCGAUCUCUUUGCGGCAUUUAUGAUGAUCUCGAUGACGCUUGAGAGUUGCGACAGCGAUCUGUCGUGGAAGAUCUUCAAGACCGCCUGUCCGAUCGCCCGUGCUUUGGGCUACUUUUCGGUGGAUGAGGAUCAGCACGACUGCAGCGAGAGGUCGUCGCGGACGGAAGAAGUCUCGCCGCACGAGGGGAUCGAGCGCAACCGCAAGCGGUUCGAAUUCUGGCAUAUUCUCCGGACCGAAAGUCACUUUCGACUUUCUUUCGGAAAGCCCGCCAUCAUCUCCGGGGGAUCCUGGGCAGUGAACUUUCCGGAUCCCACCAUCACCGGCGUGGACCAUGCGUCCACCCGCUUCAUUCAAAUCCAUUUCCUCGCCUCCAUGCGUUUGACGAUCGUGACAAUGCGAUAUCUCGACAUUAUGGCCACCAAUCCCGACACUCAUACCCGGGCAUACAACGACACCAUUGAUGGAUUAAUCGCGGAAGUGCAGAAGAUCAUGUCCGAUUGGAAUCCGGAAGAGCUACUGAACUCGACGACCAACCGCAUUGACACCUGGUUCUGUGUCGACAUCCUCUUCAGCAGCUACAAGAUGCUCAUCGUCUUCUACCAGUCGAAACCGUCCCACCGCGACAGUCACCGGCUGCCAUAUCAUACCGUGGAGAUCGCCCGGAAGAGUCUGCAGAGGUCGCGGUCGCUCAUGGAAGCGACGCCUCGCCCGUACUGGGGUAUCAGUCUCAUCUUGCUUCACCAAUCCAUUCCCCUCUUCGUUCUCUUUCAUGAUAUCCUGGGAUGCUACGACCGCGAGGGCAUUGAGGCGGACGUCGCCCUGGUGACGUGGUUUGACGAUUACAUUGAAGUCGCGUCCAGAGACCGGAUGGAGUUGAAAUGUAUCAGUCUCGUAGUGCGAGAGAUGACGCGAGCCUGCCAGGAGGUCGCAAGGGGCCGUUAA